UUCAAAAACUAUUCUCAAAAUUUUGAGCAGCCAGUUUUCUCCUCCACAGAUUUCUAUCUUCUUCUAGAUCGAAAUCACUUGUUUCUGAUCCUAUCGUCUCCAUUUCAUCAAUUCCUUCAGCUCUCUCCAUUCCACGAGCGAGCUUUCUUGGGAAGAUAAUUGAAGCGAUGGCGGAAAAUGUCUGUCUCGAGGAGUACCUUGCUACUGCAGUAGAUGCUGCCAAGAGAGCUGGAGAGAUAAUUCGCAAGGGGUUCUAUCAGACAAAGCAUGUAGAACACAAAGGCCAGGUUGAUUUGGUCACUGAAACUGACAAGGCUUGUGAAGAUCUCAUUUUUAAUCAUCUCAAGGAGCAUUAUCCCUCACAUAAGUUUAUUGGGGAAGAAACAACUGCUGCUUGUGGGCAUACCGAGUUAACCGAUGAACCAACGUGGAUCGUUGAUCCUCUUGAUGGAACAACAAACUUUGUUCAUGGGUUCCCUUUUGUGUGUGUUUCUAUUGGUCUGACCAUUGGAAAGGUUCCCACAGUUGGAGUUGUCUACAAUCCUAUUAUUGAAGAGCUUUUUACUGGAAUUCGUGGAAAAGGCGCCUCUCUUAACGGUAGGCCUAUAAAAGUAUCCUCUCAAGACGAAUUGUUGAAGUCUCUUCUUGCAACUGAGGUUGGAACCAAACGUGACAAGUUGACUGUAGAUGCUACCACAGACCGAAUUAAUCGUCUUCUUUUGAAGGUGAGAUCAGUCCGAAUGAGUGGUUCUUGUGCACUGAACCUCUGUGGAGUAGCCUGUGGAAGGAUUGAUUUAUUUUUUGAAACUGGUUUUGGAGGUCCUUGGGAUGUCGCGGGCGGUGCUGUUAUUGUCACAGAAGCUGGCGGGCUCGUGUUUGAUCCCUCUGGCAAGGAUUUUGACGUAACAUCUCAAAGGGUAGCAGCUUCCAACCCUCUUCUAAAGGAUGCAUUUGUGGAGACUUUGGAGCUUUAAGUGCGUAAUGAUCUUCAACUUUCUAUAUCUUGCAACAGUUUUGUUCUUUCUUUGAUCUUCAAAUAGCAAUAGGGUGGAUGUUGAUGUUGAUUCAUUGUAAUCUUGAUUAUCCAAUUAUGAAAAAAACUAUACGACGCACCUUGCAUCGUAUAAUUUUAAAAU